AUGAGGACGAUUCGUUUUCGAAUCAAUAAACUCAAAGAUGAAAUUCAUGAAAAACACCUCUUUCAACACUUAUCUUACUAUUAUUUAAAUAAUGAUCAAUUUAAAGCAAUUUCUCGAUUGACCACUAUUCGCAAGAAACAAUUGAAGGUAUUCGAAGAACAAACCAUGCCUGAGCAACAAAUCUUAUGCCAUCGGCUACCAGAAUCUCUCGACUCCAUACUGCCGAAUCUUGAUGCGAAAAAGCUUUCAAAAAAGCAUUGUAAAAUGGUACAAGAGCUAAAACGGUUCACAUUAAACUUAGAAUUACAGCGAUACGAAGAGGACAUCCAUCAUUAUGAACAGCUAUACCAAGAAGAAUUCAAUAAACUUCAACAGCAAAUUCUAAAUUCAACUUCAUCUGACUUCAGACAUCAAAUAGAUAUCUUAACACAGAGAAGCAUGUUUUCAUACAAAUUUGAUCCGACAACGUCGUCGUCGACAAUCACUCAUGACAAACAACAACAGAAACAAGUCGAUCGAGAAUUUAACAAAACCCUUGACGUAAUCGUUCCUUAUCUCGUGCGUGUCUAUCAUAUGUCACCAACAUCAACAAUUAUCAGCCGAUUCUCCCAUCAAUUGGCUACUUAUCUGUGUGAAGAGUACAUGGCUCCAAUCUCUUAUCUUCAUGCUCAUCGUGCUCGACAAGAAAGAAAACUUAUACAGUCCAUUCGAUACCGCUUAAAGAAAAGCAAUCAAGUUCUUCGUGUAACGGAUAAAAGUGGCAUAUUCCAUAUUGGUGACGCCAACGAUUAUGAACAAAAAGCAGAAGCUUAUCGAGAAAAAACGAAGGCCUAUAUCGAACUAGAAAAUGAUCCCCUAUGCGUAGUUUUUGACAAGGCAGUCAAUUUGCUCAAUGAUCUUCGUUCGAAAAAGCAUAUUCUUGCAUGGCAAUUUGAUAAAAUGAUGCCGAAACGAGAGAACGCUCAACUAGCUUAUCUGUAUUUUGUUCCAAAACCACA